CUGCUCCACCCCCUUCCUCCUCCUCUCGCCUUCACCAGUCACCAGUCACCACCGUCUGUGUCUCCUCUCCUCGCUUCUCCGAUCCGAUCUCCACUGAGAGAGCAUCUCUACCAUCCGUGUGCCUUCCUAGGAAGAAGACUUGGCGCGCGGUGACAGACAGACAUGGCCGUGCAAGCGCAGUUCGGCGGCCUCGCCGGGUGCCUAUUCCCCUACGGCGGCGGCGGCGGCGGGUGGGCCGAAGAUCAGCUGCAGGCGCUCCUGUCAGCCGCCGCUGCGGGCAACAACAAGCAGGCGCAGCAGCAGUACCACUGCGCCGCCGGUGGCGUGGCCAGCGCCGCGCAGAGCGAGCUGACCUGCAACGGCGGGGGCGGUUUGGGUGGCGUGGUGGCGUCGCGGAAGCGCGGCAGGGACGGCGACCUCGAGCCGCAGUACCACCACCACGUGCCGUCCUCGUCGGCCGCGCUGCUCCCGAUCCCGCCGGCGGUGAACAUCGCGAGCAGUAGCCGCAUGGCGGACUCCGCGGCGGCGUCCACCAGCGGGCGGCGCCUGCUGCUACCGACGGCGGACGCGCUGUUGGCGGACGAACUGCGCCGGCAGGGCGCGGAGGUGGACGCGCUGGUGCGCGCCGGCUGCGAGCGCCUCCGGUCCGGGCUGGAGCGCGCUCGCAAGCGGCAGUGCGAGGCGCUGGCGCGCGCCGCCGCGGCGUCGGCCACCGCGCACGCGCUGCGGGAGAAGGAAGCCGAGCUGGCCGCCGCCCGGCGCCGCGCGCAGGAGCUCGAGGAGCGGCUGCGGCAGGCGGCCGCCGAGACGCAGGCGUGGUGCGGCCUGGCGCGCAGCAACGAGGCCGCCGCGUCGGGCCUGCGCGCCACGCUCGACGCGCUGCUCCUCCGCGCCGGCGCCGGUGGCGGUUGCGUCACGGCGCAGCACGCAGCUGAGGAGGAGGGGUUCGGCGAGUCCGGCGGCGGCGGCGCGGACGACGACGCGCAGUCGUGCUGCUUCGUCGAGGCCGGCGCGCCGUCGUCGUGGAAGCCCCCCGCGGCGAAGUGGGCGUGCAGGGCGUGCGGCGAGGGGGAGGCGUCGGUGCUGCUGCUGCCGUGCCGGCACCUGUGCCUGUGCAAAGCGUGCGAGCCCAGGGCGGACGUGUGCCCCGUCUGCUCCGGCGACAAGAACGCGGCCAUCCACAUCGCGCCGCCCAACUGAUCCCGUCGGUUGCGAUCCGGCGUUCUCGCCGGCCAACAACGCCGCCAAGUAACCGCAUCGCAUCGAUCAGUUGGAGUUACUACUUGAGUAAUUAUUACUAGGAGUAGUUGGUUAGAUUGUUACUGUAGGUAACAGUAGGUUGUUGGGACGAUUAACCCCGUUCGUCGUCUGGUGCGGCGUCGUGUUGGCCCGUUUUGAUGACGCUGUUGAAAGUGAAAUUACCGCCGGGUGAAAGUCCUGUUUUGGUUAACAAUGGAACAUGUGGUGAGGUCAGUUAUGUAAAAGGAGGUGAAUUAACCUUUUGGCUACCAGCACUGUUUGUUACUUCA